AUGAAGGGCCUCAACCUGCUCUGCUGCUGCGUGGCCUCGCUCCUGCUCCUCGGCACAGCAGAGCCGCACGCCCCUGGCACGAGCCAUGGCGAUGGUGCUGCCGAGAGCCCCCCACCAGCCACAGAGCCCCGGCUGGAGGAGAAGGCAGCUGAUGGCAGCCCUGAGGAGGAGCAAGACAGUGGCACUGCCAAUGCCUCCUUGCCCAGCAUCACCGAGGAGGGACGUGGAGAGGGGGAGAAAGAGCCGGCGGGUGGCCUGAGCGGGGGCUUGGGGCCAGGGGACAGGCAGACAGAGGAGAGCAGCAAGGACCAGGGCCAGGAAGAACAGAGCUCAGGGGAGGAUUUCAUGGCAGCUCAUCAUGGAGGGAACCAUGGGCCUGGCACACAAGAUGCCCUGGAGGAUGAGGAGACCAGCACACAGAAAGGAGGCUCUGAGGAGGAAGGGCAGCCAGGGGAAGAGCAAACAGAGGAGCCAGGAGCAGCAUCUGCUCCUGAGGGAGAGGAGGAAAGGGACGAGCAGAGCUCAGAGGAAGAUGACGAGCAAAGAGAGUCUGAGGAAGGUGAACACAGGGAGUCUGAGGUAGAUGGAGGCCAGGAAGAGUCUGAAGAGUCAAAGGAGGAGAAAGAGUCUGACGAAGGUGAUGACAGGCCAGAGAAUGAAGCUGAAGAGAAUGACAAAGAAGCAGCUGGCACUUCCAACAAAAAGAGACACAGCAAACCAGCAGCUGCUGGCACAGGAGAAGCCAGGGAUGGCCCUGCCAGCUGUGAUCACCCACCCUGUGGGGAUGCAGCAGAAGACCCACUAGCAGCAGUGGAAAACCCAGCAAUGGUGGAAGAUCCACCAGCAAAAGAAGACCCGCCAGUAUCAGAAGACCCACCAACAGCAGUGGAAGACCCUCCUGCAGCAGAAGACCCCCCUGCAGACAAGACCCCACUGGCAGAAACAGAGGUCCCCAGCACCCCCCCAUCUGCAGCCGAGCCCUGGCACAGCCAGAUAGAAGAGGUUGAAGAUGCCAGCGAGCCAACCAAGCGUGACCGGUCCCACUUGGAGAACACCCUCAAGCUGAAUGAGGAAAAACCUGCCGAUGAUGUCUCAGGAGUAUUGCAGCGGCUGAGGAAGAUCUACCACUCCUCCAUCAAGCCCCUGGAACACUCCUACAGAUACAAUGAGCUGAGGCAGCACGAGAUCACAGCUUACCCCGGACGCACCCUGGGCUCCUCGGCCACAGAUGGGGAGAUCACUUCCAAGCCUAUGGUGCUGUUCCUGGGGCCGUGGAGCGUCGGCAAAUCCUCCAUGAUAAACUACCUCUUGGGGCUGGACAACACUCCCUACCAGCUCUACACAGGGGCAGAACCCACCACCUCCGAGUUCACCGUCAUCAUGCACGGCCCCAAGCUGAAGACCAUCGAGGGCAUCGUGAUGGCUGCUGACAGCGCUCGCUCCUUCUCACCCCUGGAGAAGUUUGGGCAGAACUUCUUGGAGAAGCUGAUAGGCAUUGAGGUACCCCACAAACUGCUGGAGCGAGUCACCUUCGUGGACACGCCAGGCAUCAUCGAAAACCGCAAGCAGCAAGAAAGAGGUUACCCAUUCAAUGAUGUGUGCCAGUGGUUCAUUGACAGAGCUGAUCUCAUCUUUGUUGUCUUCGACCCUACAAAGCUGGAUGUGGGCCUGGAGCUGGAGAUGCUGUUUCGUCAGCUGAAGGGCCGUGAGUCUCAGAUCCGAAUCAUCCUGAACAAAGCUGACAGCCUGGCUACCCAGGAGCUGAUGAGAGUCUACGGUGCCUUGUUCUGGAGCCUGGCUCCUCUCAUCAACGUCACAGAGCCGCCCAGGGUGUAUGUUAGCUCCUUCUGGCCCCAUGACUACCAUCCAGAAACCCACAGAGACCUGUUCCUCAAAGAAGAGAUAUCGCUUCUGGAAGAUCUUAACCAGGUGAUUGAGAACAGGAUGGAAAACAAGAUUGCCUUCAUCCGCCAGCACGCCAUCCGGGUGCGCAUCCACGCCCUGCUGGUCGAUCGCUAUCUACAGACCUACAAGGACAAAAUGACCUUCUUUAGUGAUGGAGAACUGGUGUUCAGGGACAUUGUGGAAGAUCCUGACAGGUUCUUUAUCUUUAAGUCCAUUCUGGCAAAGACCAAUGUCAGCAAAUUUGACCUCCCCAACCGCGAGGCUUACAAGGACUUCUUUGGCAUCAACCCCAUCACCAGUUUUAAGCUGCUAUCUCAGCAGUGUUCCUACAUGGGAGGGUGUUUCCUAGAGAAGAUCGAGAAAGCCAUCACCCGUGAGCUUCCCGAUCUCUUGGGCAGCAUCGGCUUGGGCAAGAAGCCCAACGUCCUCUCUUGCGACGUCACUGGCUGUGGCGAAACCCCAAAGAAUCGCUACAGGAAACCCUAA